GUGCAAUUCACAUUCACUUUAUCCAACUUUUACACCCGCAUCCUUCGCAAGAAACGUCAAGAGACCUUUGAUUAUUAUUACCCACCGAGAAGAAUUCUGCUCUUGCCCACAGAAGCUAUACCCCUCGCCGCCUCCUCUACAACCAAAGUCGGUGACGACAAUGUUGAUAAUGUCGAAGCGAGCGGUGCUUCGUCUUCUGCUUCCUCACUAGAAGGAAGUGCGGGAGUACGAAAGGAACAUGUAUUGGUCUACGCGCCUGUUCGACACACGAUCGAGAGCGCUCACCGCUUGGGAGCAACCGAGGC